CGUUGGUGACCCAUUUUUGGGAUAUUUAGCAUUAUCCCAUUCACCAUUUAUCAGCCAUCAAUCAUUCAUCCAAUAUAUAUACACAUAGACAUUUCGUAAAACUCAAAUCACUCACCACAUAAAACCAAAGUCCCAUCUCUUAAAAAACUAAUCAUUUCAAAGUUUUGUCUCUAGUCUUUCUUUUUAUUGAGCAAUGGCUUCUUCUACAAUCUCUCUCCAAUCUAUCUCCAUGACAACUCUCAACAAUCUCUCAUAUAGUAAACAAUUUCAUCGAAGCUCUCUUCUUGGUUUCUCUAAAUCCUUCCAAAAUUUUGGUAUCUCAUCUAACGGUCCAGGUUCCUCCUCUCCGACAAGUUUCACGCCCAAGAAGAAACUCACUCCUACUCGAGCUCUCUCUCAGAACUUGGGAAAUACCGAAAACCCCAGACCAAGCAAAGUUCAAGAACUGAGCGUGUACGAAAUCAAUGAUUUAGAUCGACACAGCCCAAAAAUUCUUAAAAACGCAUUCAGCUUUAGGUUUGGUCUCGGAGAUCUCGUCCCAUUCACAAACAAACUCUACACCGGCGAUCUCAAGAAACGCGUGGGAAUCACGGCUGGUCUCUGCGUUGUGAUCGAACACGUCCCUGAGAAGAACGGUGAUAGAUUCGAAGCUACGUACAGCUUCUACUUCGGAGACUAUGGCCACUUGUCCGUACAAGGACCAUACUUGACUUACGAGGAUUCGUUCCUUGCCAUCACUGGUGGCGCUGGAAUCUUUGAAGGUGCCUACGGACAGGUUAAGCUUCAACAGCUUGUGUAUCCGACAAAACUGUUCUACACUUUUUAUCUUAAAGGAUUGGCUAAUGAUUUGCCACUGGAGCUCAUAGGAACUCCGGUACCACCGUCUAAGGACGUGGAGCCAGCACCGGAAGCUAAGGCGCUUAAGCCCAGUGGAGUUGUAAGCAACUUUACAAAUUAGUGAAUAAAAUUAGUCUUAUCUUUCUCGUGUCCUGUAUAUAUAAUAAUCUUUUUCAUAGAGAAUUUUAUAUUCUUAUACUUGUAAUCAAAUAAUUUGUAUGGAUCUUAGUAUCCUUGUGAAUGCAGUAUGUUUGAGUUGAAAAAUACUUGUAAUCGAAUCUUUAGUUUUGAGUUGUCCCCUUUUGGGGAGUAAAAUAUCUUCUUCUUAUUUUUAUUGGGUUGAAAAUAGGUUUU